AUGGAGGACGACGACGCAGCUUAUGAUCUAAUCAAACACGAACUGUUAUACUCAGAAGACGAAGUAAUAAUCUCACGUUAUCUGAAGGGUAUGGUCGUUAACGGAGAUUCUUGGCCAGAUCACUUCAUCGAAGACGCAAACGUGUUCACCAAGAAUCCAGAUAAGGUGUUCAAUUCUGAGAGACCUAGAUUCGUGAUCGUUAAACCACGAACAGAGGCUUGUGGUAAAACCGAUGGAUGUGAUUCGGGUUGCUGGAGGAUCAUUGGUCGUGAUAAACUGAUAAAGUCGGAGGAGACUGGGAAGAUUCUAGGGUUCAAGAAGAUACUCAAGUUUUGCCUAAAGAGGAAACCUAUAGACUACAAGAGAAGUUGGGUAAUGGAAGAGUAUAGGCUUACCAAUAACUUGAACUGGAAGCAAGAUCAUGUGAUUUGCAAAAUUCGGUUUAUGUUUGAAGCUGAAAUUAGUUUCUUGCUAAGCAAGCAUUUCUACACUACAUCAGAAUCGGUUCUUGAAAAUGAGCUGUUGCCAUCUUAUGGAUAUUAUUUAUCCAAUACACAAGAGGAGGAUGAAUUUUAUCUGGACGCGAUAAUGACUUCGGAAGGAAACGAGUGGCCUAGCUACGUUACCAACAACGUGUACUGUCUGCAUCCAUUGGAGCUUGUGGAUCUUCAAGAUCGGAUGUUUAAUGAUUACGGAACCUGCAUCUUCGCUAACAAGACUUGUGGUGAAACUGAUAAAUGCGAUGGUGGUUACUGGAAGAUCCUGCACGGUGAUAAGCUGAUCAAGUCAAAUUUCGGAAAGGUCAUUGGUUUCAAGAAGGUAUUUGAGUUCUAUGAAACGGUGAGACAAAUAUAUCUUUGUGAUGGAGAAGAAGUGACGGUAACUUGGACUAUACAAGAGUAUAGGCUUAGCAAAAACGUGAAGCAGAAUAAAGUGUUGUGCGUUAUCAAGUUGACUUAUGAUAGAUAG